AUGACGGACGCCAUUACCAACACGACCAACGCUGGUCAGAACAAGGAUCUCAAGACCGACGCCGAGCAGGUUCAGCCGCGUAACCCGUGGCCCGAAAUGAACGACCAGACGAUGCUCGGCGAGACCAGCGACGAGCUCAACAAUGACCGCCUCAAGCAAAUCGCCGCCGAGGGCAGUGCCCACUUCCACCGUCUCGGUUGGAAGCGCCUGGCCAUCGUCACCAUCGUCGAGGCCGUCGCCCUCGGUGCUCUCAGUUUGCCCUCGGCCUAUCACACCCUCGGAAUGUUCCCCGGAGUCUUCUUGACCAUCACGCUCGGCAUGCUCUCGAUUUUCACCAGUUAUCUGGUCGGUCAAGUCAAGCUUGCUCAUCCCUACGUCGCCAACUACGCCGAUGCCGGAAGACUUCUGUUUGGCCGCUUCGGUCGUAUCGGAUACGAGCUUUUUGGUGCUGCUUUGGUGCUCGAACUUGUCAUGGUCGUCGGUUCCCACGCGUUGACUGGAAGUAUCGCGCUGGUUGAUAUCAACGGUGGCAAGGUUUGCUCCAUUGCUUUCUCCGCGGUUUCCGCCAUCAUCCUUCUCAUUCUCGCCAUCCCCCCCUCGUUCACUGAGGUCGCGAUUCUCGGCUACAUCGACUUCGUCUCCAUUCUCGCCGCUAUUGGCAUUACUGUCAUCGCCACCGGUAUUCAGGCCACCAACUCUACUGGAGGAAUGUCGAGUGUCGAUUGGUCCGCCUGGCCCCAGAAAGAUGUGACCUUCUCGGAAGCCUUCGUCGCUGUGAGCAACAUCAUUUUUGCUUUCAGUUUCGCGAUCGGUCAGUUCUCUUUCAUGGAUGAGAUGCACACGCCUACCGAUUACAUGAAGUCCAUUUGGGCAUCUGGCUUCAUUCAAAUCGGCAUUUACACCCUGACCGGAGCUUUGUGCUAUGCCUUCAUUGGAUCGACCGUGCAGUCCCCGGCGUUGCUUUCCGCCGGGCCUCUCAUCUCGAAGAUUGCCUUUGGAGUAGCGCUCCCGGUUAUUUUCAUUUCCGGCUCGAUUAACUCGACUGUUGCUCUCCGAUAUAUCCACGGACGUAUGUUCAAGAACUCUCACCUGCGUUACAUCAACACAACCAUGGGAUGGGCUAGCUGGAUCAUCCUUGUUGUUAUUUUCACGAUUAUCGCCUGGGUGAUUGCUGAGGCCAUCCCCAUCUUUUCCGACCUGCUCUCCCUGGCUUCGGCGCUGUUCGUCUCCGGCUUCUCGUUCUACAUCCCGGCUAUCAUGUGGUUUGCUUUGCUCUGCAAGGGUAAGUGGUACUCCCGCGAGAACAUGCUCAUCAGUGCUGGCGCUAUUCUUGCCUUCAUUGUUGGCGCUGUUACCCUGGGUGCUGGAACCUACUCCACCAUCGUAGAUAUUAUCCACGAAACCUCGACUGGCUCUGCACACAAGCCAUUCGCCUGCAGAUCUUCUUAG